GGGAGGUGCCGGCUCGACCCGCCCCGGCCCCGAGCUCGGCACCGGCGGGACCGCGCCGCACCGCGCCCCGCGCCGCACCGCGCCGCCAUGGAGGAGGACGGCGCCUACGUCCCCAGCGACUUGACCCCGGAGGAGUGCCAGGAGCUGGAAAACAUCCGUCGCCGCAAGCGGGAGCUGCUGGCUGACAUACAGCGGCUGAAAGAUGAGAUAGCAGAAGUGACGAACGAGAUUGAAAACCUCGGCUCCACGGAAGAGAGGAAAAACAUGCAGAGGAACAAACAGGUGGCAAUGGGCAGAAAGAAGUUCAACAUGGACCCCAAAAAGGGCAUUCAGUUCCUCAUCGAAAACGACCUGCUGAAGAACACGUGUGAGGACAUCGCCCAGUUCCUGUACAAGGGAGAGGGGCUCAACAAGACCGCCAUCGGGGACUACCUGGGGGAGAGGGACGAGUUCAACAUCCAGGUGCUGCACGCCUUCGUGGAGCUGCACGAGUUCACCGACCUCAACCUGGUGCAGGCCCUGCGGCAGUUCCUGUGGAGCUUCCGCCUGCCCGGGGAGGCGCAGAAGAUCGACCGGAUGAUGGAGGCGUUCGCACAGCGGUACUGCCAGUGCAACCCCGGCGUCUUCCAGUCCACGGACACCUGCUAUGUCCUGUCCUUCGCCAUCAUCAUGCUGAACACCAGCCUGCACAACCCCAAUGUCAAGGACAAGCCCACAGUCGAGCGCUUCAUCGCCAUGAACCGCGGCAUCAAUGAUGGGGGUGAUCUCCCCGAGGAGCUGCUCAGGAACCUCUACGAGAGCAUCAAGAACGAGCCCUUCAAGAUCCCCGAGGACGACGGCAAUGAUCUCACCCACACCUUCUUCAACCCCGACCGCGAGGGCUGGCUGCUGAAGCUCGGUGGCAGGGUAAAGACGUGGAAGCGCCGCUGGUUCAUCCUGACCGACAACUGCUUGUACUACUUCGAGUACACCACGGACAAGGAGCCCCGGGGCAUCAUCCCCUUGGAGAACCUGAGCAUCCGGGAGGUGGAGGACUCCAAGAAGCCGAACUGCUUCGAGCUCUACAUCCCGGACAACAAGGACCAGGUGAUCAAGGCCUGCAAGACGGAGGCGGACGGACGCGUGGUGGAGGGGAACCACACGGUGUACCGCAUCUCGGCCCCCACCCCCGAGGAGAAGGAGGAGUGGAUGAAGUGCAUCAAGGCGGCGAUCAGCAGGGACCCUUUCUACGAGAUGCUGGCGGCGAGGAAGAAGAAAGUGUCCUCUACCAAGAGACACUAGCAGCCCAGCCAGACGGGCCUGGCCCACAGGCACCUACACCCGGCGCUGCGGCCUCUCCUGCGGCCCCGCUGCCUUCCCAGGGAUUCGCUUCUGCUUUUGCAAUUUCUUUCCUGCUGGGGCUGGGAGCAGCGGUGGGGGCGGUGGAGACACCGCGCUCUGCACGAAACUGGACUGGAUUGGACUGGACCGCACUGGGCUGCUGAGCCUGCAGCUGCCUCCUCCCAAGGACACGUCUUCCCAGGCCCGGCCUGGGCAUCAGGCUGCCUCCCUGGAGCCCCUUGCUCUGUCCCUGGAGCCCUGCGAGAGAUUUCCCUUCGCAGUGCCCGCGGGCUCUGCCUGGCUCGCUCUGCCCUGUGGGGCCUGAUCCAGGAAGAUGCUGGGUUCGGCCUAGCGGGCACUGCCCCGCAUUGCCACUGUGGGGCGGAGGCGCUGCCAGCUCUCGGGGACCGGUGUGGGGGGGAGAGCCCUCUGCCAGGCGGGGGGCAGCUGCACGGUGCCCCAGGGCCACAGUCCCCCCGGGCUUGUCACAGCACUUGUGUUCUGGGCACUUUGGAUGGUGACGAGCAGGCGACUACGGGAGCCGGGGGAGCGGUGCCUGCCUGCGGCUGCCCUCGUUGUAGAGGGCAUGACCGCCCUGGGCUCCAGGACGCCUCGUGGGGGCAGCUGGGCAUGCUCUGGCCGGGGACUCACGGGAGGGCUGGUGCUUGGCAGGGGCGGCAGCAGCGGUGCCCAGCAGGCAUCCUGCGCGCGGCUGGAGAGGGGCACGCUCCGCACGGCUCCCCCGCACCCGGGGUGGUUCUUUGGGCAGCGGUGGGGGGCUUUGCUCUGGGUGUGGGGGGUCCUGGCAGCCAGGACUCUGCAGCUAGCACAAGGCAGUGUUGGGAACAAGGGGAUAAACUGGAACCAGGGUUGGGGCUGGGGCCCGCGUUGCGUGGCCUGGGGCGCCCGGCUCCCUGGCAGCCGCCCAGCCCCAGCACUGGGCACAAGGCCCCAUCAGUAUUAGUCUAUUUAUCAGAGGUGUACAUAUUCCUGUAUAGUUUCCUCCUUGUAGAUUAUUUUGUACGGGCGGUGCUACAUGCGCGGAGGCCGCCCCGGGGGCGGCGGCGGCAGGGUUUUUAUUCCCAUCCGAACUUUGUUGUUUUUGGUUUGGCCGCGGCCUUGUCCCCUCGCACUGAGACCUGCAGCAAAUAAACGCCAGCCCCGCGCUCGGCCUCUGCC